CUUGAAUCAGGAAGUCCGGGGAUUUUAUUUUUACGGCUCUUGAAACGUAAACGAACCGUGCAUCUGCUUUUUUAACCUUUUAUCAUGAUCCAUAACUUUUUCCAGCCCUCACACGACUCCUGGGGCGUUUAAGUAAGGUACAGCAUUGGUAAGAAAUAGUUUAGAAAGUUUUAUAGUCGCCAUUUCGUCCUCUGAACACCUGGAAACUACUCUUUGGGGGGCACAUGAUGGAAGGUCCUCACCUGACAGAAGAGGAGAUGACUGAGAUUAAAAAAGACGUCUUGCUCCGAUUGCGGCAUUAUCUCUGUGAAACUAUCCGUGCGGAGCGUCACUUGGACUUUCUGAGGUCUCGGAGGAUCCUGUCCCGGGAUGAUGCAGAGGAGAUCAGCUGCCGAACCACUCAGAGGAAAAGGACCGCACUGUUACUAGACUUUCUGACAGACAACCCCCGCGGACUGGAUGCACUGUUGGACUCCAUCAGGGAAAUGCGCUCACAAAACUUCAUCAUCACCAAAGUCACAGAUGAACUGCAAAAAGUAAAAAAUGAGAAGUCUGAGUCUCUUAGAGCUUCAGCCUCCAGUUCAUCUGACAUAGCUUCUGGCACUACACCCACCUCCGACUUCUCUUUUUCUAAUACCUCCACUAUGCUGUUCCACCCGGACGGAGAGAAGAGCCCCUCCACUUCAGAAUUAGCAACUUCUCUCAACCUCAUGUCUGUCCAGAAGGGGACAGAGUUGAGCUCUGUAGCCUGCGCUAACCUGCCCUCCACCUGCUCCAGUCUCCCCAAACCUGGAGACCCUGGGGCUCCACCACUUCCUGAUGAAAUCCUGGUAGAGUCCCCCUCAAAUAUAGACGCUGCCUCUACUGGUUGUCCGAGCACUGGAGGAGACCCAAGCUUCCAGCCGCUCCGGUCGCGCUCACUCACUCCCAAUUCAACCAGGAACCUCUUUUAAUAACCUCCAGGGAUUUUUAUGGGUUUCAGCUUACAGUAAUGUUUUGGGGACUAUUUUCCCAAUCAGAAGGCAUAAUAUUUUGUUUCAAAUUGUUAAUUGCUAUGGUGACAGUCCUAUUUUUUAAUCAUUCUGAAAUCCAUGGAUAGGGUUCAAUGAACUGAACAGAUUGAAAUAUUCAUGUGUUUCAGCACUAUUCACCAUUCAAAAGAUAAUAAUAUAAUAUUUUUAUGAAUUGGUACUAUGGCAACGGUGCUUUUUUUUUUUUUUUUUUUUUACUCUAAAGCCACAGCUAAGGGACAUUUACCCCUGUCCUUUUUCAGGUUGAACUAAUUGAGAGUAUUGAAUUGCAAAAUAUUUUAGAAGAGGUCAGUUCAGUCAAAUUUUUGCUGAGAAAGACAUGCAUUAUCAAUACACUUUGAAGUGACGUUACCUUGAUGACAGUAAUCAAAUAGGUGGUCUUAGAAGGUCUCAGAAAAUACAUUUUUUUACUUUUUCAUUCUUCAGUUACAUUAAAAGUGAUUGCUUCACUUUCUGUAUUUUGUCAAAGCUGCCUAAUUAUGUUACUUUGUAAUUUGACUACACUUUUCUCACCUCACAUGCAUUAUACAGUGUAUUAUUUCCUAAUUUACAGGGUCUUUUACUAUGAGUUCAGGCAAGAUAUGGUUAAAAAGGUGCCUCUAUGUCUGAUACUAGUCAGUUCUGGUGCCAAUAAGUGAAUGUUUUGAAGUUAUAUAUGUCAGAGCUGCAUUAACACUGGUUUAUAUCGCUCUACCACGAGUCCAUUUGUUUUCCACUACUACUGAUUACAUAUUGUGCAUACAGUAUGCUGUAAUAAUGAUCUAUUGUGAUCAAUAUUGUCAUGUGUCUGUAUUUAUGUCAAACCUAGUGACUUAAUAAUGCAAGUUAAUUUGUGCGAAAUAUGAAACAGAUUAUUGUGUCAUCUCGUGGCGUGGAUUGUAAUUUUCAAUACACUCUUUGUUUUGUAAAUCU